GGAGGCCCGCGUGCCCGGCCAGCUCCUGCGCGCCAGUUCCUGAAGAUUGGGCUGGUGCAGACUGGAUUGUCUGGAUCGAUGCCGACGCGCUUGUCGUAAACCAUGACAAGGGGCUGGAGGAGUUCCUGCGGGCAGCGGGCCCCGACCGCAGCCUGAUCCUGGGCGAGGACAUGUCCUGUGCGAGUGCCGUGAACACCGGCGUCAUGCUGGUGAAGUGCUGCGCGUGGUGCCUCGACCUUUUCGACCAGGUCUGGGCUUGCGAGCAGCGACUGUACCAGGAGCCUUUCCACGAGCAGGCGGCGCUGUGCGGCAUCUUGCAGCAGGAGGCCCCGCAGCACGCGGCCCAGGCGGACUGGUGGUGGAGCUGGCGAGGCGGGCCCCGCAAAAAGGCGCUGGGCCGCCACGUGUUCGUGGUCGACUGCGGGGCCAUAAACUUCAAGCAGCCCGAGCAGGCGCAGUUCGUGGUGCACCUCGUGGACAACAAGCGUUCGGGGCCGUCUAAGCUGCAGAGGGCGCACGCGGUGCUGGAAGCGCUCUGGGUCCGCGGGGGCGUGCCGCUGGGGCCCGAGGCCAUGAGCUGGGCGCCACCAGCGAGCUCCGCAAGAGCGGCGGCCGCCCACGCGCGGUGGAACCGCUUCGGCGCGGCCGGCGAUCGCGCGCGCCCCUCAGGCUGGCCAGCAGUACUUGCCCAAGCCAAGGAUGGCUGGGCGCCGGUGCCGAGACUGCCGUGGGACGCGGGCUGCGGCGCGGCGGUGACGCACUUGGCCAAGGGGUCCCCCUUCAUGUCUGACGAGGUGGGAGUCGGGUGUGCACGUGCGUUUCUGUGUCUCGUUCCCUCACUGUGCGUGAGGCUUGGCAUCGCUGGAACGUUUGUAUUUUUUCGGCGGGGAUCAUGAGGGAGCAUCCUGGAUCUUCCUGCGAACAAGAUAGAAGCACACACGAAUUCGAUGCAUGC